AUGAAUCCGGAAGCAUAUCGAGCUAUCGUUUUCAAUUCGGCGAGGGAUGGUAAUUUGCGACGAUUGCGUAUUUUCCUGGAAGAUCGAUCACACGAAUGGCUUCAUCACUGUUUGUCGUCACAGAAAUCUCAGACUCCACCACUUGUCAUUGCUGCUCGAAAUGGCCAUUUUGAUGUUGUCAAAUAUUUGCUGGAAAAGGGCGCAGAUAUCUCAAUCACGGGGACAGUCUCAUUUGAUGGUGAAAUUAUCCCUGGAGCACCAGUUUUGUGGGCUGCAGCAGCCGCAGGGCACCUAGAGAUUGUUCGGUAUCUUGUUGAAGAAGCGGGUGCCAAUAUCAAUCAGACGACGCAGUCGAACAGUUCUCCUUUACGAGGAGCGUGCUAUGAUGGACACUACGAAAUAGUUCAAUAUUUGGUGAAGAAAGGGGCUGAUAUAGAAUUGGCUAAUCGACAUGGGCAUACACCGUUGAUGAUUGCUGCUUUUAAAAUGCGAACUGAUAUCGUGCGCUUCCUGCUGAACCAUGGAGCAGAUCCUUGCCGGGCAUCUAUCAAAGGAAACACAGCAAUGCACGAUGCUGCGGAGGCUGGUUCCAGUGAAAUUGUAUGCAUGUUAUUAAAAGCUGGUGCAAAAAACGUCAAAGAUGAUUGUAAUAUGACACCAAUGCAGUGCGCUGCACUAGCUGGACAUGAAGAUGUACUGAAGUCAUUGUCUGCUAUAGCUACGGCUCAAGAGACAAGGGACGCGUUGAAAUUGUUCGGUGCUACUUUGGUAGAUAAAAAGAUGGAUUUAAGUAAUGCUGUACGUGUUUGGUUUGAAGCAGUUAAUUACGGUGAGCCACUUCACGUGCGUACUGCUCUCCAUGUUUAUGAUGAUUUGUUCGAAAUAGACACAGCUGCUGACAUACGUCAUGUAAUUGGCGAUCCUGAUGCAAUCAGAAUGCAGGCAUUAAUUAUGCGAGAAAGAAUCAUCGGUGGAGGUCAUCAUGAAACACAUUAUUUCAUACGUUACCGUGGUGCUGUAUACUGUGAUUUGGGUGAAACAAACCGGUGCUUCCAGCUGUGGAUGCAUGCACUCCAUCUGCAGCAAAGGCAUCUUUGCGCACUACAUCCGUCAACUAUUUCUACAAUUGGAGCAUUCAUUGACACAUUUAUAUUAACGGUGAACGAAGGAAUCAUAAUAGCUAAUGCAGAUGGUGUGCGUGUUGCUCCACUUUCUCGCAAAUGCGUAAUGGAUGUGUUGGAAAAAGCUAUCUACGAAUUGGAAAGAUUCCAUUAUGGCGACGGAAGAGUUAAGAGAGAUGAAAUCAGCGAUGAAAGGGAUGACGAAAACCGGUGCACUGAUUUCUUGAUGCUUGCUUCCCUGCAAUUGAUGCUUUUGAUUCGACGUCUGUCUCCUAUAGAUAGCAAAUUGACAUCAAAUUUAGAAGCAGAAACCGAUGAGAAGGAUUUUGACACUUCUUUAUCACAUAUUGUUACACGCUUAAUACUAGUUUCGAAGUGCCUGAAUUUGUAUCCUCUUCAUGCUGCUUGUCAUGAUAUUGACAAACCAGUAACAGCCCGCUUUCCAUGUGCAUGUGUGAUUACGAUGCUCAUCGACAAUGGAAUCGAUGUAAACACGAAGAAUUCAUUAGGUAACACUCCACUCCAUACGGUUUUGCUGAGUAGUAAUCCCAGGCAGAGUGUCGUCAAGUUGCUGCUUCAAAAUGGUGCAACCCUCCUAGCUCGCAAUAAUGAUGACCAAACAUGUUUCGAGUUGAUCUCAGCGAAAUUGCCUCGUGCAACUGGACAGCUCAAAUUAGGUCGGUAUCUUACACUUAUGGGUUUUGCCGCAAAUUUUGUACGUCGAAACAGUUAUGAAGCCGAGUACAAAAAAAUUGUGCCAAAGGACCUAUUAGCAUUUUUGGAUUUGCAUUAA